UAAAUUUUGUUUGGUCGAAAUUUUGUUCCAAUGGACAAUAAAAUCCCAAACCUCACAUUAAACAGAAUCUUCAAAACCGGUUCUUUGAUACUUCCGUAGUAAACACUGUCCUAUGAACAGAGCAUUCGUACGAUCAAUCUCAGACAUUCCGUGUCUUAAUCUCCUUCAAAGAUGCUCCUCCAUGGACGAGCUAAACCAAAUCCACGCCCACACAAUCACCCACGGCCUCGCUCGCUUCUCCUUCAUCUCCAGCAAGCUCUUAGCCUUCUCCGCAUUAUCAGAUUACAGAGACUUGCGUUAUGCAGAGACGCUUUUCAAUCGAAUUUCAACACCCAAUGUCUUCGAUUUCAAUUCCAUGAUAAUGGGUUUCGCGAAGAGUUCAAAACCCGAAAAGGGUUUUUCUGUUUAUGCCAAGAUGCGUAGCUUUGGCGUCGAGCCUAUUGCUCGUACGUUUGCUGUUUUGGUCAAGGCUUGUUUUAAGUUGACUUUUAUUAGUCAGUUUCAUGGUCAGAUUGUCAAGUUUGGCCAUGGUUGUGACGUUUAUGUUGUUAGCUCUUUGAUCUGUGCGUAUUCCAAGUGUGGAACAAUGGAGUUUGCUCGUCGGGUUUUCGAUGAAAGGAUUGAAACGACAAACGUGGUUUGUUGGACUAGCUUGUUAAGUGGUUAUUGCUUGAAUGGCUUGGUUGAUGAAGCAUGCCUUGUGUUUGAUGAAAUGCCUGAGAGAAAUGAUGUUUCUUAUAGCGCAAUGGUUUCUGGGUACGUUUCGAAUGGGUGUUUCUAUGAGGCGAUUCUGUUGUUUCGUGAGUUGAAGAAAAGUGGGUCCAAUGUGAAGUUUGGUAAAGGGUCUCUCUUUGUUAGUGUUCUUAAUGCUUGUGCUUCUGUUGGGGCGUUUGAAGAAGGGAAAUGGAUUCACUUUUUUUUGGUCCGAAAUGGAUUUGAAUAUGAGCUCGAGUUAGGCACGGCGCUUAUAGACUUUUAUGCCAAAUGUGGGUGCAUUAGAGAUGCCAAAGAAGUUUUUAGUAGACUGCCAUAUAAGGAUGUGAAAACUUGGAGUGCUAUGAUAUUGGGGUUGGCUAGUAAUGGAGAGAACAAGUUGGGGCUUGAGCUUUUUGAAGAAAUGGAAAAGAAGGGACCAAAACCAAAUGCUGUAACAUUUAUUGGGGUUCUAUCUGCUUGUAAUCAUGAAGCUUUGGUUAAUAAAGCAUGGGGAUAUUUUGGACGUAUGAGUAAAGUUUAUGGGAUUUUGCCUGUGAUUGAGCAUUAUGGUUGUAUGGUUGAUCUCUUGGCCCGCUCUGGACGAGUAAAACACGCGGAAAUAUUGAUAAGGACCAUGCCGAUGGAACCGGAUGGGGCUAUUUGGGGGUCAUUACUAAAUGGGUGUAUUAUGCAUGGCCAUGUUGAUUUGGGGGAGAUGGUGGGAAAGCUUUUAAUACAAUUAGAGCCUACACAUAGUGGAAGGUAUGUCCUUCUAGCCAACAUGUAUGCCGAUAUGGGUUGCUGGGAAGAUGUGAUGAGACUCAGGAAAAUGAUGGAGGAGAGAGAAGUUGUGAAAAGCUUUGCUUGGAGUUUCAUUGAGGUUGAUGGAGUGGUCCAUAAGUUUGUAGCUGAUGACAAGUCUCAUCCUAAGUUGAGAAGUAUUUACAGAAUUUUAGAUCAACUAAAAAGAGAACUCAAAAGUUCUUUCAUCACUAACGAGAUUGUUGUUUAAAAGAAAUGAGGAUUAUUCUCAUUUGUGACUCUGAACUUUACAGUCAUUGUCACUUUGCCUCCCGAUCCUUAAAAGUUAAAAACUUCUACCCUACUACUUCAAACUCUAAUUUUGGUAGGUGUCAAAAGCACUCGCCAAUCAGGGUAGAGUUGAAAGACUCAAAUUAAGGCCUUUCUUGUGCAAUGAUAAUACCCACGAAUCUGUUUAGAGUGAUUCUCUAUUAACCUCAUUGGUUGCUUGAGAACCAUAUCUCCUCCUCAUAACUAAAAAGUCCCUUGUGUCCAAGCCACGGACUUGUUUGUAUAAAUGGAAAACAAGAUACUCUUUGAUGUUGUAAUUGUAUUAUGGCAGAUGAAAGAUUUUAACCCAAUUUCUCUACUUCUGCUGUUAUCUGGAUAUUGAGCGAUUCAACUAGGCAUCCCAUUCUUCAAGGCACUUUCUUCACACCAUGUUCAUAUCCAGGAAAAUUUAAGUUUGUUUCCGAGCUCCAAGAAAAGCCAAUUGUAGUCAUCACUCGUAUCCUAUAUUUAAUUGAAACGGUUGUGUUGAUGAUGUCUUAAAUUGGCUAGCAGGGAUUCCCAAGUGGCAAAAUCCAUUGGUGGGUCCCAACCAUUUUCUUUCCGUGCCAAUUGUACUGUUGGCUGAAAAUGAAAUGAAAAACCAAAGAAAGAGCCUCAUAAAGGCUCUACUCUACACACACCACCUCGUACACACCACUCUUCCAUAUUAUAAAAAAA